UCUUUGUGGACGGUUGGCGCUUAGUUUCGGCGGGUGUUGUUUCUUUUUCAACGGAUUCAAAUACGCGUUCCGACGAAUGCUUUGGGAUUUAUAAUGAAAAUAGGAACGUCGAUCGUGUUGAAUUAGAAUCUCAGAAAGAGUGUUUGUCAGUGGAAAUAGUGCUGCUGUUCGGAGCAUGUGAGAAAUUACUAAAUGAUAAAAUCCAUGAUUUAUGGAUCAAGUGUGGCGUGAAGCUGGGCAAAAAAAAUUGAUGCAGUAAAGAGCAAAAGUGAUAAGGGAAAACAUGGUUUAAAUAAAACAAGUGUACCUAUCAAAGUAAAGCAAAAAGUGUUUAAGGCGAAGUUUUAUUUUUUGAAAAUAAAAGGCGGGCAAUUGAAUAAGAAGAACUCGAAACAUAUCGUUCCUGCUACUGGCGGAAAGACGGGACGGGAAGUGCAUUGGAUUUUCUCAUCAUUCGUCUGGGCACGACUGGCUGCGUGAGAGGUCACGCCGUGAAGGAGUUUUUGGAUGGAUGUUUACCGUGCAGGCCACAAGUGCAGUGUAGACCUACCUACUUAUCAGUGUUUCGAACGGAAUUGCAUCAGAGUGGAUAAUUUUACAACGUAAAACGGCAAAGAAAAGGAGCAAUGUAAAUGCUGAUUUGAAGAAAGGAAUAGUCGAAAGGAAACAAUGCUCGUGAAUAUUCAUCUAUAGUCUAUGAAUGAUCUUUGAACAAUCAUUGUUCAUUGGCAUUGAAAUAAGUCUGUUACAUGGAUAAAUAAGGUCUCUCCCACCGCAUCGCUUCGCCGAGUGUGUCCGUAGCAACAUGUGUACCAAUUACACGUCCACCGAUUGCCUUCGUCCGUUGCUGUUUGCUUGGAACAGAGGAUGAACGAGACGACGACUUGAUCUUAAAUCGAUUUAGUUAAAAGGAUUUGCAGCGAUUGUUGUGGUUAGAGUGAGGUAAAAAGGUGCUUAUUAAGAAAGAGAAGUGAAGCCUAUUGAUCUAAGAAGACGUCAUCUAUUGGUAUCGAAGGGCAAUUUGUAGUGUGUGUGAUGGAAUGGAACUAGAUAGCUGGAAAAUGCAUUGGAUUCGCGAAUCCAUUACCGAAUGAGCAGCGUUCUAUAUUGUGCGAGUGAUACAUUAGUGCUAAAUUCCAGUUGAGGUCAACAUGGUGUAUGCUAAAGUGAAGAAGGAAAAUGUCUAAAUGAUUGCAAAUUUUAGUGACAAACUUACCAGCAAAUUGGCAUUAUAUCAUAUUGGAGCAAAAGUCCUUUUACUCAAAUACCACCAGCGUAGCAGAUGAUUAGACAUUCAUGGAAAACUAGCUCUUCGGACUAAAGCAGCACAUCACAGUUAGGUUUAGUGUGUAUUAAUAGCAUCAUCAGUCGCGUCGUAAAAAGAUUUAAUUCGUCACUUAUAUCACUACUUGUUCGUACUGGAAUCAAAUCACAACCGUGAAAAUACGGGCAAUCAUCAACAGUACUGCAUACUUGUGGAAAUGCGCAUGCGGUAGCAAAUGAACCGGAGACAAAUCGCGAGUAGAAGCAAAACCAACGGCCCAGAAUUCCAUUGCGAUAUUUUCCCUCGAAAAUUGAAUAAAUCGUCCUCAUCUGUCCCCUGUCAGGGCGCGCUCGUGUGAUUCCACCACACCCGCCGCGGUGCGCCGAGGAAACACCACCGCGGCUCCAACCAACCGGGAAACCAGUUUCGACCCGAUGAGAGGCUCUGCGAUGGUGACAUGUUGCUGCCAGAUCAAACGUACGAACAGGCCAACAACAACCGUCCGGGCGACUUCUUACGGCGAUCAUAUGAUGAAUUCAACCGAAUCAUCGAUCUGAAAGAAAUCGAUGUCAAGCGGCUGCACCGCAACAUUUUCGACAGUGACAACGCGGACGGGUUCGUGGUGCUGACGAAUAAUGAGAUGAAAUUUUGUCAGGCCAGUCGGAGCGGUAGCAGCAGCGUGCCCAGCGGACUCGGUGUGAGUGGGCCCGGAUCGAGCCGGUGCAGUGGAAAGAGCCCAGGGGGGAAGGAAGACACCGACAGUGCUAUUUGGAGCACCAGAGAACAAUUGAAAGGCAAGAAUGACAAUGGCGAAAUUGUAUCGUCGAAUGUGGUAACAAGCCUCGACGGGUCAGGUACGGGGAAGAGUAGAGUUGGUGGGAGGAAAAGUACAGGACGAAGGCAUCAACGCUCAACGAGACGACGACGGCCGAACGACAGCAGUAGCUUGAGUAGUUUGAGCAGCGAUAUCCAGACGGACGUUGGCAGCGAGGAUGAUAACGGGGGCCCAUUAGAGGACUCUGCACUUGAUGACGUCCGGCGGGGCAGGGAUGAACUGGAAAACGAUUACGACAGGACGUCGGAUUUCUUCAACAACAUUCCGGAGUUUCAAGGUGAAUCGCUGGGUCCGUUCAGUUUGAACAAGAGGAACGAUUUGAACAUCAGAACCAACAUCGAUAUCCUGCGUGCCUGUGAGUUGUUUCUGAUGCGAAACCGUAUCCGACCGGACUUCUUCUGCAAGUACAAAACAGUUGUCAAUGCCUCCGUUUCGGCACCUCCUUCGUUUCCGCUGUCAGGGCCGCGGACGCCCGUCGAAAGUACCAUUCGUAAGCCAAAAAGUGUGUCUCCACCGAUGCAGCGGCCGCCGUCUGCCCAUGCGAAUCUUGGGACCUCUGCUACCAAAUCCAGCGCGGCCAUCAAUGCGCUCUACAGCGUACCGAAUCGUGCCGGCAAGCGGAGACGAUUUAUUGCUACGUCAAACACAGAUGCAUCCUCCUCAAACGAAGCCGUUCACCUGCAACAGAGACUGAAGAGCCUCAGCUCAGAACUAGUUACUUUAAGAAAUCGUCUUCACACUGGAGCGGGUCAAACUACACCAGCGACAGCGGGAGGUCCCAAUGGGGCCGUAUCAGUGGGCAACGCCGUUAUCACAUCAGCCACAACGCCAAAUACCAACAAUCCGCAAACGCUCGGCGGACACGGGACAACGACAACGGCCAACACCACUGCUGGCACUGGAGCGGGCCUCCAAAGCACAACCGUGGGCGCAAAUGGAAUCAACAUUCUGUCACACCUCAACAGCACCUCCAAUGGUAACGGGGCCAGCUGUAACAACAACACCACAAAUGGCAAGAACCCCAUGCUGGUGACGCCAUCGCAGUGCAUACCACCAAACAGCAGCACACUGAACCACCAGGCAAAUAUAUUACCAAUAGUUUCACCACGAAAUACCUCGAUACCAUACCCUCUGCCACACCACAACAGCACCGGAGCGAUACUUAUAGGAGAUACAGCGCAGUGUGGUGGCGGCAUCGGCACGAAUGCCGGUAUAACAGGCGGCGGAACUCUUCCGCGAAGGACGACAGUCGGAUACACCAGCAAGCACCAGACUGCCCUGGGUGGAACGGGGGCUGGAUUGGGUGGUGGUGCCCAUCUGAUCUCUCCGGGUGGGGUCUCCAGUGGACCCGGAGGUGGAACGAUCAUCGGAGGAACACUAAAACAGCAUUUUACGCACGGUGGUGGUCGACCGAGUGGAGUCAACGAAGUCGGCGGGGGAACCGGUGGCAAUGGGACGGGCACCAAAACGGUGAAACUAGACGACCUGAUACACCUGCCGGGACCGCUAACCGAGGAUGCGGUAAUGCGGACGCUCCAAACCCGAUUCAACGAGGGGAAGUUCUUCACAAAUGUCGGUCCAAUUCUUCUCUCUGUCAACCCGUAUCACGAUGUUGGAAAUCCACUCACACUAUCGUCAACCCGAUCUGUCCCACUAGCACCUCAACUGCGCAAAAUAGUACAAGAAGCCGUUCGGCAGCAGGCGGAAACUGGUUACCCUCAGGCUAUAAUUCUAUCAGGUACAUCCGGUUCCGGCAAGACGCACUGCUCGAUGUUGCUCCUCCGGCAGCUAUUUGCAGUAGCCGGAGGGGGUCCCGAAACUGACGCAUUCAAACACCUAGCCGCCGCUUUCACCGUGCUUCGAUCGCUUGGAUCGGCAAAAACCUCUACCAAUUCCGAGUCAAGUCGGAUUGGUCAAUUCAUCGAAGUGCAAGUAACGGACGGAGCCCUAUACCGGACGAAAAUCCAUUGCUACUUCCUGGAUCAAACCCGUGUCAUAAGGCCAUUACCGAACGAGAAAAACUAUCACAUCUUCUACCAAAUGCUAGCCGGACUGAACGCAGAAGAGUGUGCCCGACUGAACCUCGAAGGUUAUUCACCGGCCAAUCUGCGGUACCUGCAGAAUGGCGACAUUCGACAGGACGAACAUGAGGAUGCAGCGCGGUUUCAAGCAUGGAAAGCGUGUUUGGGCAUUCUGGGCAUUCCUUUCCUGGACGUGGUGCGAGUGCUGGCGGCAGUCCUUCUGCUAGGAAACGUGCAGUUUGUUGAUGGGCAGGGACUAGAAGUGGAAGUGAGCGGCGAGACGGAAUUGAACGCUGUAGCAAAUCUAUUAGGAGUCCCCCCUGCGCAGCUGUUCCGUGGCCUCACCAUUCGAACGCACAAUGCACGUGGUCAGCUGAUAAAGUCGGUCUGUGACGCCAACAUGUCCAAUAUGACGAGGGAUUCUCUCGCCAAGGCGCUCUACUGCCGAACGGUGGCGACUAUCGUGCGGAGAGCGAACAGUCUGAAACGUUUGGGAUCAACAUUGGGAACGCUUAGCUCCGACAGUAACGAGUCCGUGCACAAUCAAGCAGAAGUUGCAAGUCAACACGCAUCGACGAUCGGUGGCAAUGCCGGUUCCAAAUCGAUGGCGGCUCUCAAUAAUGCGGUGCGACAUGCUACUGAUGGGUUUAUUGGCAUUCUCGAUAUGUUCGGCUUUGAAGAGCCUCGUCCCGCCCAGCUGGAACAUCUCUGCAUCAACCUAUGUGCCGAAACAAUGCAACACUUCUACAAUACUCACAUAUUCAAAAGCUCGGUCGAAUCGUGCCGGGAGGAAGGCAUCAUUUGCGAUACCGAGGUGGACUAUGUGGACAACGUGCCUUGCAUCGAUUUGAUUUCGUCACUCCGGACCGGUUUGCUGAGCAUGCUGGAUGCAGAGUGCUCAGUCCGCGGUACGGCGGAGACCUAUGUAGCAAAAAUCAAAGUUCAGCAUAGGAAUUCCGCUCGGUUGGAACAGCGCGCAUCGGAACCGUACGAUCCGAGAAUGUUUGCCAUCAGGCACUUUGCCGGACGCGUAGAAUAUGAUACCACGAACUUUUUGGAUACGAACCGCGAUGUGGUGCCGGACGAUUUGGUGUCGGUGUUCUACAAACACACUUGCAACUUUGGAUUCGCAACGCACCUGUUCGGAACGGAGCUGAAGGCGCUCUACGCUCAGGAAAAUGUGCCACGUGGUUUGAGUUUUCGAAUCGCGCCAACUUCACACACAGAUUUAUUGAACGGAGACGAGCCGGUUUCGACGCUGACGCAAGACUUUCACACGAGAUUGGAUAAUUUGCUGCGAACGUUGGUGCAUGCACGGCCGCAUUUCGUCCGCUGCAUUCGCAGUAAUACAGCCGAAAAGGCAGGCAUAUUUGACCGUGGCACAGUGGUGCGACAAAUCCGCGCCCUUCAGGUGCUGGAAACCGUGAAUUUAAUGGCCAGUGGUUUUCCACAUCGUAUGCGUUUCAAACAGUUUACGGCUCGAUAUCGAAUGUUGGCACCGUUCCGACUGCUUCGUCGCUGCGAGGAGAAAGCUUUAGAAGACUGCAAACUGAUUUUAGAUUUUGCGCUGGAAAACCCUCCGGAGCUAGAUGGAUCCGUUACGCUCUCUUGGGCGCCGGGUAAAAGGCAUGUUUUCCUAAGUGAGGGCAUUCGUCAGCAUUUGGAAAAUUUGAGGACGGAAGUUCGCAUGAAAAGUGCGACUCUGAUACAGGCGACGUGGCGCGGGUGGAACUUGAGAAAACGAUUGGGAACGAUACGGAGAUCACACGAGGUCAAGCUGGUUGGAAACGGAUUGCUAACAUUGAACAAGAGCACAGCUGCUAGACCGAGUAAUACAGGACCUACAACUAAGACUAACAAUACAGGAACUGCAACGAGACCCAGGCCGCAGCCUAUUGCUGGAACACCUCCCCCCGAUCCCAACGAGAAAUGCGAUUCCAAGAUCAUUGCACAAACCUGUACACUAUUCGGGCUGGAUCUGGAACGUCCACCCCCUGUACCGCCAUCGCGGUCCUAUACCGUAACAGGAAAUUCCAAACUCGGUUACCCUCAGACGCGAAUCAUGAAAAUGAACUUUCCAGAGGAUUCGGUGGCACAAUCCGUUGGCGAACAGUUGCGUAAGGGCGAAGCAGUCACGGUUACCGGAGCGUCACAUCGAAGAGGUCACCUGAUCGUCGAACACAAUGGCAUUAGCUUACACGUUCCCUUCCAGUACAUGGAGUUGGUAAAGACUACUACUUCACCGCCUCCACCUACCGGUGCUUCUGUUAAUAUCUAAUUCUGCAUAAUCGACGACAACGAAGCCAAUGUUGCUUCAUACUGAUUGGUCAUAGCUUACGCUCUAUUUUCUCCUAUUCUGAAAGUCUUCCAUUCACAGAUCGAAACUACAACCAUAGGUUAUUUAAACAUCGAACAUGUGUACUUGUUAAGAAUUCAUUGAAAGCAUUUUUAUCAUAGACGGUAAGGAAAUUUAGAGACAUCUUAUCAAACAACAUAAUAUUUACCAUUUUAUCAGUGCGUAAUAACGUAUUUAAUACAAACGAUAAGUACUACAUUAUAGGACUGAUAAGUAUUUGUAAGACUAAGUCGUUAAAGACACCUUUAUUGCAAACUGAUUAUUUCCAUAAGUACACCAUACUUUAUAGAAACGUUAAUUCUAUGAGGAUUCUUAAGUGCCAACUAUUUCUAUUUAGGAAUUACACAUAUUGUUACUCGUUUAAGUGCAUUUCUUCAGCCAAUAGUGUUUUACUACUUGGCCAUCAAACCCUACAACGAAAUAGAACUGCUUUAAGUAUUACACACCAACAGUCUAACUAGUGAAUGCAAAGCUUCUUGUUUGUCCUAUAUAGAACUGAAAUAGAAAUAGCACUACAGUCUAUCUUCUUAAGCUUCUGCGAGAUGAAAAGCACAAACUGUGCAAGACGGAAAACAAAAAAAUGCUCACUUGCCAUGUAAAUAAUAAAUCAAAAAUGAUAAAAACGGAUUUGCGAUGAAGAUGGAGUGCUGUUUGCAGCGUCACGAUACUGAGAUGUCGUUUCACAGUUUUUCCCGGCAUCCAACAGCUAUCAGAACAAUUAAUCUCUGGAAGUUUGUUUAAAUAAAAAACGCCGCUUGUGUCAGGAGGAAUUUAAAAUUAUGUUCAGCAUUUAUUGUCAAUCACCAGUGAAAUUUGUUUCCGGAUAUUCGGAGUAUUACGACAGUUGAAAAGUUAAAAUAAAAUAAAGAGAAUGUUUAAA